UUCAUUUUCCCGCGUUUUCUCAACUCUUCCGGCGUCGCUUUCUUGCCGGGCAUCUUGCGCUCGUGUGAAAGCGUAGAACAUUUUCGCAACUUUAGAAAUUUCUUGUCCAAGAUCAUGUCCGGAAAAGAUUACGUCGCUGAUAAAGAAAAGAUCAAGUCGUUUCUCACCGACUUCUACGCAACUGGUGACCGGGGAAAAAAGGAAUUCGUUUAUGCGAAGCAACUGGUGAACUUGGCGCACCGAGAGCAGGUAGCGCUCACCAUCGACUUGGAUGAUAUCGAGGACUACGACAGCGGCCUCGCGGAAGCCAUCACGCAAAAUGCACGUCGGUACAGCAACCUGUUUGCGGAUGUCGUGUAUGAGAUGCUGCCGGACUACAAGCAGAGAGAGAUUCUUGCAAAGGAUGCCUUAGAUGUGUACAUUGAGCACCGUAUACUUAUGGAAAACAAGAACCGACAACCCGGAGAUGUCCGAGAUCCACGCAACAAGUAUCCACCAGAGCUGAUGAGGCGAUAUGAAAUCUACUUCAAGAUGCCGUCUGCUACGAAGCCUUUGUCUGUACGGGACGUUAAGGCAGGCUGCAUUGGGAAGCUCGUUACUGUGAAAGGCAUUGUCACACGGUGUACCGAAGUGAAACCCAUUAUGUGUGUUGCGACGUACACUUGUGACCAGUGUGGUGCUGAAACCUAUCAGCCUAUCAACAGCCCCAGUUUUAUGCCUCUGGUGACUUGCCCAAGUGAUGACUGCCGUGUCAACCGAGCAGGAGGUCGGCUCUACCUUCAAACGAGAGGUUCCAAAUUUAUCAAGUUUCAAGAGCUCAAGAUACAAGAACACAGUGACCAAGUGCCCGUGGGGAACAUCCCACGAAGCAUGACUGUGUACGUGCGUGGAGAGUUAACUCGUUCUGCUUUGCCAGGCGACCACGUCUCAGUGACAGGAAUUUUCUUACCGCUGUUGCGCACAGGAUUCCGUCAAAUGCAGGGAGGACUCCUCUCGGACACUUAUCUGGAGGCCCAUAGAAUUAUCAAGAUGAAUAAGAUGGAGGAUGAUGAGCUGGAUGACAGUAUGAUGACACCUGAGGAGCUGGAGGCACUCUCGGAGCCGGACUUCUAUGCCAAGCUUGCUGGCAGCAUAGCACCUGAGAUAUAUGGGCAUGAAGAUGUCAAAAAAGCACUCCUCCUUCUGCUUGUGGGAGGCAUUGAUCGCCACCCAAAUGGCAUGAAAAUUCGAGGCAACAUCAACAUUUGUCUAAUGGGGGACCCUGGAGUGGCCAAAUCACAGUUGCUGUCUUACAUUGAUCGACUGGCUCCAAGAAGCCAGUAUACAACAGGUCGUGGCUCAUCUGGUGUUGGUCUCACAGCAUCAGUGAUGAAGGACCCCCUCACUGGUGAAAUGACACUUGAAGGAGGUGCACUUGUGCUAGCAGAUCGUGGCGUCUGUUGUAUUGAUGAGUUUGACAAAAUGAUGGACAGUGAUCGAACUGCAAUACAUGAGGUCAUGGAGCAACAGACCAUCUCCAUUGCAAAGGCUGGCAUUAUGACUACUCUGAAUGCGCGCACAUCUAUUUUGGCUGCAGCCAAUCCUGCAUACGGUCGCUACAACCCAAAACGCUCCAUUGAGCAGAAUGUCCAACUGCCUGCUGCACUUCUGUCACGUUUUGACCUGUUGUGGCUCAUACAAGACAAACCUGACCGAGAUAAUGACCUGAGGCUAGCCAACCACAUCACCUUUGUGCACAAGAACUGCUCGGAGCCACCUCAGGGCACGCAUAAGCCACUGGACAUGCGUCUCAUGCGGCGUUACAUUGCACUGUGUAAGAGUAAACAACCUGUGGUUCCUGAGGAACUGACCGAUUACAUUGUGAGCGCAUACGUUGAAAUGCGCAAAGAAGCACGUAACAGCAAAGAUGCCACCUUUAUGUCACCCAGGACACUGCUGGCGAUUUUGCGCCUUUCCACAGCUCUGGCUAGGCUUCGACUGGUUGAAGUUGUCGAAAAAGAUGAUGUUAAUGAGGCCAUGCGUCUCAUGGAAAUGUCAAGAGAUUCUCUCGCGCAGCACACCGAGUCUGGCGGCAGGGUCCAGACAGUAACUGACAAGAUCUUCGCGCUCAUCCGAGACAUGGUCACAGAAUCUGGAGGCAAGACUGUGAAGAUGACUGAUGCCGUUGAGCGCUGUGCUUCACGUGGAUUCCGUCCCAACCAGAUUGAGGAAGCCAUCGAAGAAUAUGAGGAACUCAAUGUCUGGCAGGUCAACCAGGCUAGAACCAAGAUCACCUUUGUCUGAGGCACAAGUCUUUCGUUGGCUACUUUUGUCUUGGCAAAGUUCGCUACUAAUUUGUGGUGCAGUUUAAGUAAGUGCUCAAGGACUGUAAAUAAUGUAUGAAACUGAUCUUGUUCCUCAGUUCAACUUUUCUAUUCACAACCAACUAGUAACCUUAGUGUGUUGUGGGGCAACAUUUAUCAUAGUGCAUCAUGUAUUUCAAAGGAUUCUGUUUGCAAUCUACUAAAUAUCAAGUCACUUGUCUGCUUAAAGCCUUUUUACAAGCCCGCAAGAAAUACCUUGUAUGUUCCCAUUUUUCAAUUUUAUGUGUGCACCGACGCAUUCUUCAUACAGCAAUGAUUGAAUGCAUUUUUUGGAAUGGUAAGGGCUAAGCCUCCCAUUCCUUUUGUUUUCGUGCCUGUGGCAAUGCACUGCACAACCAGCACACUCCACUGCCACUUUUACGAGAUGUAUUUUUUUAUCUAAACCUAAUGUUUUAUGUUUUCUUUCAUGUAAAUAAAAUUUGAAUCUUUGGUGUACUUCAA